AUGGCUUAUGCUGCUGUGGUGUCUCUUAUCCAGACUCUAGACCAGUUUCCUUCAGAUCAAUUUUCAUCUUCUCAUCAAGAAAUAUCACUCUUUAAAUGUCUCCACACCAAGGCCCACACCUUGCUAGUUCUUCUCCAAAAAAAAUUCCAAACCGGAGCAAACGAGCUUGAAGCCCAAAUCCGAGAAGUGGUGUACGAAGCAGAAGACGCCGUAGAAUCCCACGUCUCGACCCGUUACCUCCAGCCCGAAUCCGUGGAAAGCUCCCCUGCAGCUGCCGAGAUCUUCACUCACAAAUUGCAAGUGCUGUUGCAAGAAUUGGAAUCUAUCGAGAAAAGGCUAACUGCCAUAGGAUCCGACCGGGUUGACCAACGGCCAGAGAUGACCGGGCCACGAUCCGGCCCGUUAGUGGCCAGCACGAACAAGCUGCUUGUCGGGCUCGAAAACGAGCUGUCCCGGUUGAAAGGCAAGCUAGUCGGGGAAUCUUCCCGACUGAAUGUGGUGGCCGUGGUCGGGAUGGCCGGCAUCGGCAAGACCACACUCGUCGACCGGGCUUUCCAUGACCCGUCGAUCGGGAGGUUCUUCCACUACAGAGCCUGGGCAAAUGUGGGCCCGGGCCGCGACCCGCGGGAAGUCAUUGCGGAGCUCCUGGGGCCCACGGCUUCGAAGUUCAGCCAGGAGAGCAGCUACAGCCAGCUGACGGAGUUCAUGUUUCGGAACCUCAAGGGCAGAAAAUACCUGAUCGUGCUCGACGGCUUGACCGAAACCGAGGCGUGGGACGACCUGAAGAGCCUGUUCCCGAACGACGACAACGGGAGCCGGGUCGUGCUCACGACCCGGCUGAGGAAAGUGGCUCUCCACGCGUCCGGAUCUAUCCGGAACAUUCACGAGACGAGCUUCUUGGGCAUCGAGGAGUGCUGGAAUCUGCUGCGCAACAUCGUGUUCGACGGGAAGGAGUGCCCGCCCGAGCUCAUAAAGGUGGGCAAGGAAAUUGCCGAGAACUGUCACGGACUACCUCUCACGAUCGUCCUCGUUGGCACCAUGCUAUUUGGUGCCGAGAAGAGCCUCGCGUACUGGGAAAGAGUCGCGGAUGGCCCGAUAUCGGCUAUUUACGAAAGCAACGAUGUCCGGCUGACGUCGGCCAUGCAGCUUCUGAACGACGACAGCAUGCCUCAGCAUCUGAAAGCCUUCUUCAUGUAUAUGGGCUUGCUCCCCUCGAACCACGAGAUACCCGCCUCAAAGCUCGUUAGGCUGUGGAUUUCUGAGGGAUUCGUGGAGUGGAGUGGGCCGGAAUCUCCGGAGGAUGUGGCCGAGGAGCGUCUGGAGGAGCUCUUCAACAGGAGCCUCGUCUUGGUUCACAAGCGGAAAUCGGCUGGCGGGAUUAAAACCUGCAGCAUCCACUCUGCCGUGUGGCAUCUGUGUGUCAAUGCUGCUGAGAAAGAUGGGUUCUUUUGUGCCGUCACUCGUUAUACAAAGGGGAGGAAGGCUUCUCUGCCUACUACUGCAAGAAUUGGCCGCCGGCUUUGCAUACGGAAGAACAUCCUUCUUUCAAUCAAGGACGUCAAUCGUGCCAUGUUGUCGGUCUCGAAAGCCCGCUCUUUUCUCUGCAGUGGUCGGGACCAUCCGUAUCCUUUAGCCGUUUGCUCGGAUUUCGGUUUGCUCAGGGUACUUGACGUGCUCUCCAUACGCUUCUACGAGUUCCCCACGGAAAUACUAACAUUAGUCCAGUUACGAUACCUUGCGCUCACGUGCAGCGAAAUCCCACCUUCAUUGUCCGAGCUACGAAACCUCCAAGUCCUGAUUAUGCGUCGCCAUACAAGGAUCAAAGCCUCUGGAGCUGGCCCGUCGUAUUUUCAGAUGUGGAACAUGAGACGCUUGAGGCAUCUCGUGGUAGAGGGCGGCGACCUUCCACAUCCACAUGGCGCGGUCCUCAUGGACCUAUUGACUCUUUCGAAUGUGACGAGCCAUAGUUGUGGUGAGGACGUGCUGAGAGGAACUCCGAACCUGAAGAAAUUAGGAGUUUGCAUUGAGGUGUCGGAGCACGAUCACGCUUCUGAUCCCUCGCGCGUUUUCGACCAUCUGGCGAUUCUCGACCGGCUGGAGUCAUAUGCCCGACCAUCUGAGCCUGUCCAUGGCAGGUUUCAACUCACCUUUCCUAAGGGACCUGACAUGCCGUGCCAGGUGAGCAAGUCUGCAGCUGCCGCGGCCAGACGAGUCACACAAGCGUCAAUUGUGUCCUCAAUGGCAUACACAACUUUCUUGAUUUGCCUUUCAACUUCUCUGACUUGUGUGGCUUUAUUCGACCUUGUUGACUCGGGCUCGAGCAAAGUCUUUAAAGAGAUGAGAUCGGUCGCCAGCAGCCAGAGCUCGUCUUCCGUGUCGGAGCCAGAGAGAAGAUCGUCAUGUGACGUCAGCAGCCACGGCACAUAUGCCCGACCAUCUGAGCCUGUCCAUGGCAGGUUUCAACUCAUCUUUCCUAAGGGACCUGACAUGCCGUGCCAGGUGAGCAAGUCUGCAGCUGCCGCGGCCAGACGAGUCACACAAGCGUCAAUUGUGUCCUCAAUGGCAUACACAACUUUCUUGAUUUGCCUUUCAACUUCUCUGACUUGUGUGGCUUUAUUCGACCUUGUUGACUCGGGCUCGAGCAAAGUCUUUAAAGAGAUGAGAUCGGUCGCCAGCAGCCAGAGCUCGUCUUCCGUGUCGGAGCCAGAGAGAAGAUCGUCAUGUGACGUCAGCAGCCACGGCACAUUUGUCGUGGCCAAUUCGUACCUUAGCUAUGUCAGUCCCACUGAGCCUGUCCAUGGCAGGUUUCAACUCAUCUUUCCUAAGCGACCUGAUGAGCUGUGCCAGUCUGCAGCUGCCGCGGCCAGACGAGUCACACAAGCGUCGAUUGUAUCUUCAAUGGCAUACACAACUUUCUUGAUUUGCCUUUCAACUUCCCUGAGUCGUGUGGCUUUAUUUGACGUAGAUGACUCGGGCUCGAGCAAAGUCUUGAAAGAGAUGAGAUCGUUCGUCAGCAGCCGGAGCUCCUCUUCCGUGUCGGAGCCUGAGAAAAGAUCGGCAUGUGACGUCAGCAGCCGCGACACACAAGCACUUUGGGUUCCAAGUCCAAACAAAUUAUCAAACACUAUUGACAGAGAGAGAAUGGCUUAUAGUGCGGUGACUUUCCUGCUGGAAAACUUAUCACGCCUGCUGACGUCACAUUCCGAUCUCAUUUCCGGCGCGGAACGCGAACUCCAGGGCCUAAAGAGGGAACUCCUCUCAAUCAAGAAUUUGCUUAAGCAUGACGACUCAAGGCCAGAUAACAAGACGCAGCUCAUCAGGGACGUGGAAAUGCAGAUCAGGGGAGUUGUGUACGAGAUUGAGGAUACAAUUGACGCUUGUUUGACUCGUCUGUCAAUGGCUGCCGACACCGAAAAUAUGUUUGGCCACAGCCGAGGUUCCGUUGAUCCGGCGCCUGCUGAUCUGGCGCAGCUCGUGAGGUCCCUUAGGCAAGAUAAGCUAAAACCAGCCAUGGAUGAGCUGAUUAGGAUGGGGAUCACUAGAGUGAAAAUCGCGAAACCGGAAAAGCACGAGGCAAAAUCAAAAACGGCUCCGAGAGUCAGGGGAAACAACAUCGUAGGUCUGGAAGAUGAGCAAGCUAGAUUAAUGCACCUACUCACAAAGGAAUCGGAUGAUCUCGACGUGAUCGCCAUUAUCGGCAUGCCCGGCCUCGGGAAAACAACACUCGCGCGGAAAGUUUACGAAACCGACGAAAUCCAGUGUGCAUUUCCCACCCGCAUCUGGGCCUGCGUCUCUAAAGAACUCAACACAAGAUCACUCUUUCUCGACAUCCUCCAAGAAUUCACCAGCAAGGAUAUGUCGGGCCUCAGCGUCGAUGACCUGGCGCUGACGAUCCACGGCACUCUGGAGACGAGAAGGUUCCUUCUCGUGCUGGAUGACGUGUGGACACCCGAGGCCUGGGACACGAUUCGCGAGGCCUUACCCUUGCGAAACGCAAGUGGUAAAGUCCUCAUAACCAGCCGUUUCCAGAUAGUGGGCAAGCAUGUCAGUCCUGUUAGACCACCUUACCAACUGCGUUUUCUAACCGAAGAAGAAGGAUGUCAAAUCCUCCGUUUAAAAGUAUUCGGGCAGCUCCAGGAAUGGCCUCGGAGGUUGGGAGAUGUCGGGAGGCGUAUAAGCACACAAUGCCGAGGACUGCCGAUUCUACUAUUGAUGAUAGCUGGGAUUCUAGACGAUCAUCUCUCGACAUCGAACGAUCUUGUUGCCAUCAUACGCACGUGGGAAGACCUGUCCAAAAGCCUGAGCGGCUACGUAAUCGACAUGAUGGAUGUUUUCACGAGUGUCUUGGCAUUGAGUUACGCUAGAAUGUGUGACGAGUUGAGAGAUUGCUUUCUUUAUCUCGGGGUGUUUCCCGAAGAUUAUGAGAUCCCGGCUUCGACACUGACGCGCCUGUGGAUUGCUGAAGGGUUUGUGCAGCCGAGGCAUGGUCAGAGCCACGAGGAGAGAGCGUACGAGAAUCUGAUGCAUCUCAUAAACCGGAAUUUGGUCAUGAUCGAUAAGCUAAAGAGCAGUGGAGAAGUCAAAAUUUGCCGCGUUCAUGACACGGUGCGUGAUUUUUGUAAAGUCAAGGCCGAGGGGAUACAACAAUUCUUCCAAGAACUUAGAAGACGUUCAGACGGAGCAUUUGAGCUUUUUUCAUAUUCGGAGGGCCCACAAAAGAAUCACCACCGCCGCAUAUGUGUCCACUACGAUGUCACGGGUUUCUUCUCUCCGGAGCCUUAUUUACCAAACGCACGUUCUUUCCUGUCUUUCUCCACGGAAGAAUUUGCCUUGCAGACAGAGGACAUCCCAAAAGUCCCCGCAGCCUUCAAGCUAGUGAGGAUUUUACACAUCAUGCCCCUCGUCUUCAGAAUAUUCCCCCUUGGCCUGACUCUGCUCGUACAUUUGAAGUACGUUGCCCUAUCUAGUGAUUUCAAGGUCCUUCCGGAAGCCGUCACCAAGUUGAUCAAUACACAGACUCUGGUACCCUCACAUAGUGAAGGCAACAAUCUCCAGACGCUUGCCAACCUAUCUCCGGAAAAUUGCACUGUCGACUUGUUUGAGAGGACAUCUAGCUUGAAAAAACUGGGCAUUAGAGGGAAAUUAGCCACGCAUCUCGAUUUUGAUAGUUUAGGGAGGCUGAGGGAGCUCGAUAAUCUGAAGCUAAUUAACGACAUCCACUCUAUUUCGCCUUCUGAAGGCCAGCUGCCAUGCCUCCCUCCACCUGGAAAGUUCCCUCCGAGGCUGAGGAUUCUGACACUAUCUGCUACAUUACUCGGUUGGGAGAAAAUGUCAGUAUUGGGGCUUCUCAAGAAUCUUGAGGUGCUUAAGCUGAAGGACAAUGCAUUUGUGGGGCCAUGCUGGAAAGUUGUCGAGGCUGGUUUUCCUCUGCUGCAUUUCCUGCUGAUCGAGCACACGGAUUUAGUUUCCUGGAAAUUAGCUCAAGGAGAUUACUUUCCUCGGCUCAGAUGUCUCACGCUUAGAAACUGUGAAGAACUAGAAGCGCUGCCUGACGGACUGGCAGAUAUACCAAGACUUGAGGUGAUGAACUUGCACCGUACAAGCAAAAUGGCUGUCUCGUCUGCCAGGAAAAUUCAGGGUGACAUAAGGAACCUGAAGCUUUCCAUAUUCCCCGUUGAUGAAUGA